AAUAAGUUCUUCCAUCGCUGUUCCUUUUUAUUUUUAUUUUACCACCAAUAAAAUUCAAAUCACACGACAUCAUAUCACAAAAACGCUUCACAACUGAGUCUGAACUAUCACAAUCUUCGCAGAGCUCGAGAUUGUAGAGUAGAGCCGUCAUGGGUUGUCUCUUCAAGUGCUGCUUCCGUGCUACUACUACUAAAGACAACGAAUCAACUAGUGCUGAUGACUCUGUUUCUCAAGUUCAAUCCAAACAAAGAGGUCAUCAUGAAUUAUCGAAGAAUCGUUUGUCAGCUUUGUUUUUAUCUGAAGCUUCUUCUUCUUCUUCGCCUUGUCAUGACAGAGAGGGUUCUAGUUUGAACUCUAUGCAUAUUGACAAGGAUGAGGCACAGGUUCUUAAAGUUUGCAGCAUAACACCAGUGACACCGGUUGAGAUUAAGAAAGCACCCAAAAAACUGGAAACCCCUCAACGUAGAGAACAUUUUGGAUCUACCCCUUCUUGGGUUUCCAGUAACUCUGAAUCAGUGUUUCACUUGGAUGAGAUAAAGAAUGAGCCCUGUGAAGAAAUGGGAAGAUCUGUAGAUACUUCAGAGCAAACUCCCAGCAGUUGCUUGACCGAGGCCCGUAGCAAUGCAAGGAUCUCUUCUGCAUCUAGUAAUGCUAGUGAAGAAAGCAUUGGUACUGCGUUCAGGGACGAGGUAGAUAUAACCGGCAAUGUAUCACUCAAAGCUGGAAACGUUAAGAGUAAGACAAAGUCAGUGCCGUAUGAAUAUGAUUUUGAUCAAUCUUACUCUUCUAGUUCUUCCAAGAACAUCACUUCAAGGAAACCUGAGAUGCCUGCAAACACUAAUAUCCCAGCAGCAUCGCCUAAUCCGACCGCAUUGAAGAUAACUGAUGAGAUUCAAACCCCUAGAACCAUUUUUCCUGAAAAUAUGGGAUCAGCAGGAAAGGGGAGACAAAGAGUCCAAGACAAGACAGAAAUUGAAUCUCCCACAUCAACGAUUUGCGAGGGAAAGUUAGAAGAGAGUACAGAUGAAAAAUACCCCAUAGUCGAAACUAGUUGGGUGAAGCAGGGUAGUGACAAAAACAUGGAGGCUUUAUCCAUAACUCAUGGGGACAGACCAAUCAUUGGAAUGGUUGCAGCUCACUGGAAUGAGAAAGAACAAUCUCUAAUCUCACCCAAAUGGUGGGAUGGUAAUGGGAUACCAAACUCUACAAACAAGUACAAAGAGGACCAGAAAGUGAGUUGGCACGCAACAUCUUUUGAAGAGAGAUUGGACAAGGCACUUUCAGAAGAAGGUGGUCAUGGCUUCAUCCCUCCAAGAAAAUUUGGAAUGGUGGAAGAGACUGAAAGGGACACAGCCAUAUCACAUCUACGACAUUCAGCUCAAUCCAUGUCAGUUGAUUCCUUCUGAAUACCGUGUGUGAAUCUAUGGAGAUCCUGAAAUGGAGCAACGGUGAGGUCCCAUCUAGUCCUUUAGCCAAGUAAUGUCUCGCCAUCUCGGACGUGGUUGUGUCUCUAUACUUGGG